UUAUCAUUAAUAAUAGCACAUGCAAAACCUGUAUUGUUGAUGGCUUGUUCUUAAUGUUUACCAAGAUGGCGAAGGCGGGUUCUCGUAAACCGUUAGUAGAAAACGCGGGAGUGUAGUUGUGGUUUUGGGCUUGCGUGUUUGGUGGUGUUUGCAAGUUGAUAACCAUUAUGAAGGUUGAAGAUAACAAAAAAGAUGAAGUAGAGGGGACCAAGAAUGGAGCAGAUGAAAAGUCUUCGGAUGAAUCCAGCGAGAAAGGAAAAAAGGUGCCUCCAAAGAAAAGGGCAACAAAAACCAAGGAACCAAAAAAGGAGGUGAAGAAAGAGGAUAAAAGGAAGGAGAAGAAAAAGGAAACUGAAGAUGAAGACGAAGAAGAAGAUGAAUCAGCUGAAACUGAUGCUCAAGUUUCAGAUUCUUCAAAAGUGCCAUUACUGGAUCAGCCUCUUGAGCUGGAAGGCACAAGAGAGCGUAAAAAAGUCCAGCGUUUCACAGAGGAGUUCAAGGCUGAGCACCAAACUAUCGUGCCCAUCGAUAUUCCAGAAGGGAAGGGAGACUGCCUGGGAGAGAUUCCUCGCAUCAACGCAUUCCUGCAGACCUACAGAGUAGACAAUCUCAAACCUCUACAUAGAUUGCUGUUUGGCCGACUUGGGAAAACCACUUUGAUCAAAAAUAACAUAAAGAAAUUCAAUGGCUUUGACUUCGCGAAAGGGUCAGAUCAGUUUGAAAAGAAGAAGAAUAUAAUAAGCAAGCUGGACGUACGGAACCUCAAAGUCAUCUGCAGCGUGCUGGACCUGGACAAGAAGGGCACCCGGGACGACCUCGUCGUCAGGAUAGCAGAGUUCCUGGUGUGCCCCAAGGACUCGGGCAGGCCCGCCCCCGCCGCCCGCCCCAAGAGGAGCAGCGCCCAGAAGGCCAACAAGCGGGGCUUCUCUGAGUCAGAGGACGAGCACGAGGCCCCUGCCAAGCCCCGCAGGAAGCGCGGCAAGCUCGCCGACGCCAAGGAGGGGUCCGCCUCGGAGUCCGAGGAGAAGAACGCCAAGGCUGCCGGCGGGCGUCGCAGGAGAAAGACGGAGUCCGACACCGAGGGAAAGGAGAGCGAACAGGACGAGCCUGAGGCAGAAGCAGAGCAGGAGGAGGAGGAGGAGGAAGAGGAGGAUGAUGCAGAUAAAGGAGAUGCUAGCGGGGAAGAGUCUGAUGAACCCAAGUCGAAGAAAAAGGCCAAAUCAAAUGCAAACGUAAAUUCAAAAAAAGCUGUGAACAAGAAAUCUGCACCCAAAAAAACUGCAAAUAAAAAGGCUGAGAAAAAACAGACUGGCAAAAAGAGGAAAGAGAAAGAUGACAAAAUUGAUGGUAAUGAGUCAUCUGAAGAUGAGCCGCUUUCCAAGAAGUCCAAAAACCCUCCAACAGAUGACGAAAUCAAGAUUUACGUGAAGGAGAUUCUAGAAGGAGCUGAUCUCGAAGAAAUAACCAUGAAGACUGUUUGCAAACAAGUCUACGGCCAUUAUCCAGACUUUGACCUCUCACACAAGAAAGACUUCAUCAAAACCACAGUAAAAUCGUUGAUAUCACCAUGAAGUGGUAGCAGUGAAACUUUGGUACCUGCGAUUUGAAAUCCACUUCACAGUAUAUAUUUUAUUUUUAGACUAAAUUAUAUUGACUGAAACAUUUUUUAAUGUUACUGAGUAAAGUACACUACCAUUGUGUUUUAUUGAUAUGGAUGAUGAAUGUGGUGUGCAUUAUCCUGUCAAAUGGCCAUUAUCUGCAAAAAAAAACUGUUACAUAAGUAUUGUUUUAGUGGUUUUGAAGAGUGAUCCCUGUGUUUGCAACCAAUUUUUUGUUUUAUUUUAAUUACAGUGAAACACAUUUUAAAAUAGGUACUUCACUUAGGACAUUUCUCACAUUAAAUUGCAUUUUUCAGAUCAAUGCAAGAUGUUUUGCAUUGUUAUAUUUUUUUUUUUUUCUCCUUUCAAGUAUGUAUGUUCUAAUGACAUUUCACGCUAUUGUGUAACAUACUAGGACAGUAGUUUUUGUUAGGGAAAUGGGAAAUAAAAGAUGCUAUGUUGGUUUCUAUAAUUUUUAUGCAAUUUAUUGUUUGUUAUUUAAAAUUGGCCUUUGUUAAGUCAGAGAUUGUAUGUAAGAAAAUUAGAGACUAUAUCAUAGUCUCUAUUUUCAAUAUAAUUACAAUUGUAGACAUUUCCAAGGAUUCAUAAAUUACUAAAUGUCUGAGACAUCACAGCAGAAUCUAUUUGUAGCAGCCAGUCACUUUUUACUUCAAGCAUUCCAUUAAAUUAUUUGUAAUGCUUUAAGAAAUAAAAAAUUUAAAAAAAUAGGUUUUACAAUAUUUUUGCUGUGUGAAAAAAUAUUGAAACCAUAAUGGCAACUUUUGGUUCCUAUCCCUGUUAAGUAUGAGGUUGGUGUGCAACAUUUAAACUACCAAUAUAAAGAUUUUUAAUUGCAUUCAGGCAGUGGGGGGAAAUGGGGCCACAAACAUUUUAUUAAUUUGUGUACAUAAGAUGUUAUAGUUAUGAGGGAAAUUAAAUGAUUUAAGAUUUCUGUAUUUUUUGUGAUGGAAAUUUUAAUUUACUUUAUUUUUGUGUAAAGCUAAUUUAUGAUUAGCUGUGUUAUUUCAGAGUGUCCUCGAAGCUUUAGGAAAAUCAUUUUUUUUUCGGGUAGCUGUUGGCAGUUGAAUGUAUCGCAAUAUUUGUGUGACUGAUGCAGUUUGAGAAGCCACUCACUUGGCCUUAACAGCCGGCCCAGGGGCAAGUUGAUAAUCUGUUAGUUUUUUGAUAUCACACCUUUACGUCAGCAGUUGAUUUUGUAAUCCUGUACAUUUUAUGUUUGUGUAAGUGUUCACUAAUACUUAUGCUUCAGUUAAGUUGUACGUGACUGCACUGCUGUAGAUUUUAGUUGUGGAACUUUUUGAAUGAUACUAACAUUAGGAGUAUGUGUAGAUAAAGUAUGUACAAGUGUUCAGGAAAGCUUCUGAAUAUAAUUUUUAAAAUAAAGUAAAUGUUUCUUUUUUA